ACAGCAGAAGUCGGUACACUCGAGUCGCCUCGGAGGGGCCGCAUAAAAUCCCGCAGUCGGCCGAACGGGCCUUGAAUUUGACGCCCGCCGGUGUUUCAAAAUGUUAAUACAGCACACAGUACACAACAUGGAAUGUCCGAGUAGACUGAAAUGCAAGUUUUUUUCCACUUUUGUCCGUGAUUACUUACUCUUUUUUUUUUUUUUUUUUUCUUCAGCAGGUUUAUGCUAUGCUAAGGCGUCACUGCCUGAACGCAGAUGGACUGCAGUUGAAGGCUGCAGUCUUGACUUUGGCAUUUUUCCCUUUUUAGCUGCUCCUGUUGCUGUAAGCCGUGACUCGGUAUUGCAGUUGUGACGUGCAGUGGUGUAAAAACGGUACUACGUUAGGUCGGCCCCUCAACAGGGGCCGAGCAGGAACGAGCUCCGUGCUGCUCUCUGCUGUUCAAAGACUAAAUAUGUAUUCCCAAUAUACUUGAUCAUCAUCAGUAAAAAAGAAGAAGAAGGAAAAAAAACGAAAUAGUCAGGGGAAGUAAAAGUACAAACUGAAUGUGUUGUAAUGUUGCAUAAGUGUGAACACCCUGUUAUCAGUCAGCUGUGGCCACUUGUAAGCGAUUACGUUAAAUAUUAGUCAGCGCACUUCGUGCCCGUCGAGGAUGCUCCGAUCCACCCCAGAUAAAGUCAAGAUGUUCUGCUUGUCUUUCCCUGGCGUUUAAUUUUGUUAUUUGCGUUCCAGCAGAAGGUUCAAGGUUUUGCGCGAACAAAGGUUGCUUUUUCUUUUUCUUUUUAACUGUUCAUAAUGGGAAUCGGAUUUAAGAACAACAUUGGGUUAGGUGAGUGGUGUUGGAGAUACGGACAAAAGUUUAUACAUUUUCUCCACAAGUCAUUUUUGUGAUGAUUUGAUGAAACCAUUCAAACAGAAAGUGCCUUUUUGGGACACUGGACGUGUUUUCGUAUUUGAACCAUAUUUAUGUAUUGCAAAUAAAUGCAAACUAUUUGAAUUGGGAUCUUGCGAGUUAUGUUGCCAUUUUUAAAAACCACAUGAAAACGGUUCCACAAGAUGGCGCUCGACCAAUCAGCACAGUGAACGGAAGGGGAAGCGACUGUUUUGAUUGGCUUGCGAAUUGACGCCAACACGCUGCAUUUCCGGUUGGCGAGGAACGUCAGAGCUCAAAUUUUGUUUUGUUUUCUAGUUCGUGCGGGGUCACGUGUCAAAUAACUUUUGGGACGUUCAAGACGAAAAAAAAAAACCCCCAAAAAAAACAAUUUGUCGUCUUGCAAAUGUCAACUGCAAAUAGGGAGGGACUCGUAGAUUGUGACAUUGAAAAUGUCUUUUGGCUUCAUCUCGUCUCGAUCGGUACCAUUUCCGACUCGGUGAGGUGUCCUUGAAGGCAGCUCGCGCCCGGCGCGUGACGCGGUGCGCAUGCGCGUCGCCUCUAGUCGGCAGCGACGUCUCUUUUGGACUUGCGUCGACGCCGUUGUGGACGAAGGGCCACCCGUCGAGCCGUCGAGCCGUCGAGCCGGCCCGCUUAGAGACGGUCCAUGGACUUCCUGCUGAGCGGCGCGGCGGCGUGCGGGGCGUGCCUGCUCACCAACCCGCUGGAGGUGGUCAAGACUCGCAUGCAGCUGCAAGGAGAACUUCAGAGUCGCGGCAGCUAUCAAGUUUAUUACCGGAACGUCUUCCACGCUUUCUACACCAUCGCCAAAGUGGACGGCGUGGCCGGCCUGCAGAAAGGCCUCGUGCCAGGACUGUGGUACCAGUUUUGUAUGAACGGAGUCCGACUGGGCUCGUACGCCGUCAUCGAGUCGUCGGGCCACAUCCACACCGCCGAGGGGAGGGUCAGCGGAGCCAAGGCCGUCGCAGCCGGGGCGACGUCGGGAGUGGUGGGGGCCGUGAUGGGCAGCCCCGUCUACUUGGUCAAGACUCAUUUGCAGAGUCAGUCGACGGCCUCCAUUGCGGUGGGACACCAGUACAAACACCAGGGAAUGUCCCACGCGCUGGCGGCCAUCUAUAAGGAACACGGCAUUCAGGGACUGUGGAGGGGGGCCGGCGCCGCCAUCCCCAGGGUCAGCGUGGGGUCGGCGUCUCAACUCGCAACCUUCUCCUCUGCCAAAGAGCUGGUGCUUGAUCUCCAGGUGUUCGCCAAGGACAGCUGGCUGGUGGCGCUGAGCGCCGGCAUGAUCAGCAGCGUGGCGGUGGCGCUGGCGAUGACGCCUUUCGACGUGGCGAGCACGCGCCUCUACAACCAGCCGGUGGAUCAGCGGGGCCAGGGGCUGCUUUACAAAGGCUUUGCCGACUGCUUUUCCAAGACUCUGAAGAAGGAGGGCGUCGUCGGACUCUACAAAGGUGCUGCUGCCGGCGCUUUACAUCCACUUGACUGGGGGGAAAAAGGAUGCGGGACUUUGGGCAAGAAUGCGCGAGGGAGGGCUGGACGUCCGGCUGAACUUGUGCCCCCCUCCCCUUCAGAUGUUCUUAUCGAUCGCGUUUGCGGCGGUGGGAGUUUGAGCGUGGCCGCGCUGGCCCUGAAGAACGGCCCACUCUGUAAAGUCGUCUCGAUCUGGGCCACGCCUUUCAAGGACAGCGACCCGCACUACCUGAGCGACGACAGGUGGUGGGGCAAACGCACGGAGCCCGAGAACGUCGUCCGGUUCAACGUGGGCCUGUUCGGCACCCUGCUGGCCUGCGGCUGCCUGCAAGCGCUUCUGUGCGCCGUCCAGAUGAUCAACGGCCUCGUCGGCUGCCUCUGCGGAACCUGCGGCGGGAAAGGCGUCGUCGGAGCCCCGCCCGGACAGGUCGGCGUUUUAAGACGGAACCCAAAGUUCACGAUAAUCUUCAUCGAGGAACCGGAAUUCCACGUACGCCUCACGCUAACGAUAGGAACACGAGAUCCGCGUACGUCGCACCCUCGCCGUUAUAUUUCACUUCGCUACAAAGUCCAUCAAUGAUGCCCAAAGAAGACGUUCGACUGCAAAAUCAAAGUUGGUAAUUAUGGUUGGCACCUUUCUCAAUACAACAUUUCGACAAAGGAGAUUAUUGUACUGCAAAACUGUGGCCUUCACACACGCGCGCAAAAAAAGUCGAGAUUAAAAAGGCCGAGGCCGUACAAGCCGAGUUGAAACAAAAGGCAAAGAAGUCAGUCAGUCAGUUAUCACAAUUGCGCGUUUGAUUCCGUUUCAAUUCAUUGGCUUUGUUGAAAAUCGCUCCGUAAGAUUUCGGAAAAGGACAAUUUCAAAGGAAACCUGAGCGAGCGUCUCCCAUUUUGGUGCCAUUCACGACAUUGAGGUAGGCAACGACGACAAUUCCGCGCGGAGUGGCGGUCUGGGAAAAAGACUGCCGGCUUACUAAUGCCGGUUAGAUGCAAAACCGCGUCGGCGCGGGCGUUCCCCACCGUCCUCGAACGCCACACCGGCGGGAGUUGGCGGCCCGAAUGCGUCGGCGCGGCCGCUCCUCCCUCGCUCGUGCGAGUCAG